ACGUAAAACGUUAUUAGCUGUACGUCGCUACUUGUCAAAUUUGCUCAGUAUCCAUUGCGAAUGAAUAUCAACAUAACCUAGCAGAUCGCUCGAUACAAGUGCUGAUAGCUCACAGAAAGAUAAAUCGUCACUUGCGAAAUGCAUACUUCCACCAACUUUGUUCUACGUGGCGGUGAUGAGGCAUUUGCCAACAGACAGAAAUUGUUGUUCGAUCAACUGUCGAUCGCUGAAAAUAAAUGCAACAAACAUGACAGAUGUGAGGUAGACGGCGAUAAUACCGAAAUGCACGUGGACGUGGACAAACAUAACAGAAGCUCAGCUUCGAAAGAUGACUUGAAACGAAGGAGAGAAACUAGGAAGUUCUGCGGCAAGGAGAGCAUAUUCAAGCGUCCCGAGGGCCGAGCACCCCGAACGAGUUUCAGAGGUGUCCCAGACUACCACAAGAAUCCGCAUAAAUGGAUCAAGUACAGUUUGGCGGACGUGUCCAACGAGGACAUGACCGAACAUAGCAAUACGCAAGCUGCCAUGUCGUUCUUGAAGGAAUUAAAAGCACGUAGGAAGAAGGAAGAAGCAAAUGAACUCAAGGAGAAGAUGGACAUUGAGUCUUGCGACUCGAAUGCACAAGAUUGUAAAGAGACAGUGUUCAAGCAUAAGAAACGCAAAUUAACAUCGCAAAUAGUAUUCAUGAAACCGCAGACGAAAGAGACAGAAGACUCACAAAUGGUUGCGAUCGAAGCAACUGAAAAACCCAUGUUCAGAAGUAGUAAAAUUAUCUUGCCGGAAUACGUGAUCGGUCAACGACCGAAAAAGAUCUCCAAACAGAAUCGGCCCGUAAUUAAAGGCGACCGUUUGAAAGAACUCAGAUUAGAUCAUUUGGAAGAGCCCGACGAAGAAGAAGAAGAGGACAACUGAAGGAACUGCGUAAUGUGUAUAAGUGUUAUCGCAUACAAAUAUAUGUAGAAAUUAGUCAUUUGCUUCAGCAAAAUCAAUGAUUUAUCGUCUACUUAAGACAUUUUAGGGGAAAUGACUGUAUCAUAAUUAUGAGAGAAACUAAACAAAAAAGCAUAUAUACCAGGUAUUGUAGCACUUUUUGUCAUUAUAUUCCCUCAAUAUGAGCCGCAAG